UCUUAAUACUUUUAACUUUAGUUGUAUUUUACAAUGUUAUGUCUCACAUUUCAAGAUGGCCUGAACUGUAUAACAUUUUGGAAACAGCUCUUACGCUAACCAUCUGCACACAACUAAAAAUAUUGUUUGUAAACAUCGUUCUUCAUUGUGAUCAUGGUUUAUGAGAUGUACAUGCACAUGUAGAGCAGCUGUGUUCAUAUCUGAGGCAAAAGUCCACCUGUGCUCAUCUUUAUAGCCAAUAAAACCGAGAUAAGCGUUCGUCUCAAAGGUUAAGCUUGAAGUCUGUUUCGCACAUUAGCUAUCGCUCACAACUGCUUGAUGGGAGUUUGAUUCAGUCGGGAAAAAAGGGAUUUGUCUUCGAUAUUCCUUUAUUGAUCCAUCAUCUAACAAGAAAAAUGGAUUUGAGGCCUAAAGGAUCUGCUGCCAUUUUCAUUCUCCUGGUUCUUUUCACACUCUGCAAGUUCAGUGAAGCGCAAAAUCUUUGCUCAGCGCCAGCCAAUUUACCGGUAAUUUUAAUUCCGGAAAACAACGAAAUUGGUGCCACAGUUACAACACUCAUCGCUGAGGAUGAGGUGACGGCCACAAUCACUAGUCAAAAUCCAGAGGGUCUCUUCAGGCUUGAGGGAUACAAUCUCAUUGCUGAUACUGUGCUGGACUAUGAGACAUUUGACCAGAACAACCCUUAUGAGGUGAAUAUUGAGUGUACAAAAGCUGGCUCUCUCUCUACCACACUGAUUUUGAAAAUAGUCGUCGAGGAUAGAAAUGAUAAUCCACCAGCGUUUGCAGAGAGUCAAUACACUCUAAAUGUUGAUGAGUUAUCAAACGUGGAUACCAGUGUUGGCCUAAUCACAGCAACCGAUCCUGAUAAAACUGAUAGACUUUACUACCAACUGGAUUCUCCUGAGGGAGAAUUUGACCUGGAGGCCAGUUUCAAUCCCAGCAUUCUGGUGAAAAAACUUCUGGAUUAUGACAAAAUUAAAAAAGUCACGAUGACACUAUAUGUGCAGGACACACCGAUUGGAUCUACAGCUGAAGUCUCCCACAAUGCCUCAACCACCAUUGUAGUCAACAUCAUAGACAUUAACAAUCGUCCACCGUGGUUCCAGCCUUGUACAGAAACCGAGUUUGGCACAAGCAAAAUGUGCAUGAGCUCUGGUUAUGAAGGGACUGUCAACUUAAAUGAACAAGCGCCAGGUCCUUUGUCCUUGAAGCCAGGUCCAGUCAUGGCCAUUGAUGGUGACCUAGGCAGGAACGAGCCCAUUGGUUAUGCAUUUCUUGGAGGAAAUAAGGAUGAUGUAUUUCAAAUCGACACUGACACCGGGAGCAUCACAAUGCUGAAACCAGCAGGGGUGGCAGGACCGAUUGUCCUUUCAGUCAUGGCAUACCAGAAAGAGAACGCCGAUCAGUUUGCCACCACUACAGUCAUCCUGAAGGUGGUGAUAUCCAGCGCGUUCCCUCCGACAUUUGUGAAGCCCAGUUAUGAAGGCUUUAUCUCAGAGGAUGCGGGUUUGGACAGCUUGGUGCUGGAGAGCAAAACGUCCAACAGACCCCUCAGAGUACAGGCUACAGAUCAAGACUUUUCUGAUGGCUAUAAUCCUAACCUCAGAUUUGAGGUUGUAGACGGCACUGACUUCUCAAUCACUCCAGAGGGCUUCAUACUCAUGGCGAAGGCGGUUGCCCCGGGCACUGUAAAUUUAGAAAUGAGGGUGGUUGACACAACCAAUGAAGAAUCAAGCACCGCUUCACUUGCGGUUGAGGUCACACCAGGGGGACAGCAGGUGAAAACAGGUGAGUUCAGUUCGGGCGAUAUGGCGGCUGUAGGGGCCUCUUUGGCUGUGGUUAUCGUUCUCUGCUUGGUUUGCAUUGGACUGAUGGUGCACCGAAUCAAGGGCCAUAAUGCAGACUGGAAGAAGAUUUCCGAGGCUAGCGUCUUCCGUAGCACAUUUGGUGGAGGCUCGGGCGGUCCUAAAGAGGGUGUGCAGUACUGCAAUGAGGGCUUCCAGCACGAUGGUGAUUCUGGAAGUGUGAACACUAAGUUAGCUGCAGACCUGGAGAACAAACUGGAGUCCGGGCUGAAGCCACAGCAGAGACGCAGGUCAGCGCAGGACAAGACGACCCCCAGCGCCAUUCUCCAGACCACCAGCGGCCCUCCACCCGACUCCAGCAGCCUGGCAGGUUCAGAAACCAUCGACGGCGAGAAGGAAGUUAAACCGAUCCUGACCAAAGAGCGGCGCAAUGAGGAGGGAUACAAAGCGGUUUGGUUUAAGCAAGAUAUCGACCCCAGCACCAAAGAGGAAGUGGUCAUCAUUCCCGACGCUGGUGAAGCGGAUGGAGGCCGUGAGGACGAUGACGACAUUGAGGAUGAGGACAACCUAAGGACUGACAUGGAUUCGGACGAUGAGGAACACUUUUAACACUUUAGGACAGUAGGAGCUUUCAAAGAUUCAUUAUAAGUUAAUUUCUGUGUUUUAAAGUCUAUACAAAUGUUUUCCUUUUUCCUAUUACUUUCUGUUAACAAGUCUGUAAAUAUGGUGCACAAAAUGAAUUUAAUUUUCAGUUU